AACGUCAGUUACUAGGCAACAAACGUCAACUCGGGUAAAUGAUACUCUUUACGUUAUUUGUGAAGGACAAACCAAACGAACAACCGUGGUAUUUAAUUUCCUUUUGCUAAAGUUAUCAAAACUGACAAAGUGCUUUUAUUGUGUUUACCGACUGCGCCAUCAUGAUGCCCACUGGAACACAGGAGUCUCGCACUGCAGGAAGAACACGUGUCCAUACUCACUUACAGUGUGGGACUGUGUCCAGUAAAAAGAAAGAUCAAGUGGAGGAGCCAUUUCCAAUCAAGCCUGUGCCUCACAGAAGACAAACUCAAACACAAGUUUUAUUUGGUUUGCACGAAUUUGAGAAAAUCACACCUUCAACACAGCAAAGAGGUCAUGUGAUGCAUCAAGAGUACCAUUCAGCUGGCAUUAGAGAAACCAGACCCCUGCCUUCUGAACUGCCCAGCGAGGAGCAGCUGAUGAACAGAGCAAUCCAGGAAAAUGAGCUACUUCUGCUGGAGAAGCUCUGGAAGGUAGGAGAAAAAGUAAAAGCAAUCCAAAUCAGUAGCUCUGAUACUACUGCAGGUCACGAUCACAAGAGAGGAGAUGGAAAGCAUGAUGUUGGACCGGCUGACUGGGGAGAAGGUCAUAGGAAACCCAUGGUGUCUGAGCAUCAAAGGAGAGAGCUACUCUACAGCAGAGACGUGUUGUUAGAUGAAAGCUUUUAUGAUUUAAAGCAGAGGAAAACACAAGAUCAGAUGACUGAAGAUGGAUUUGGGAAUAAAUAUCAAGUACAGCAGUUCAGAUGGGAUGUCAGCAAACACGAAACAGGAGUACCAAGAAAAGGAACAUUACAGAGCGAGCCCUUUAGAAGAGACGGAAAGAUUUAUGAUUGGGAAGAAAUGGAUGAAAGAUACAGAAAGCUAAAUGAGGCAUCUCAAAGAAAUACAAACUGGACAAGAGAAAAGGAAUACAAAGAAAGCAUGCACAGUGAUAAAGGUGAUAAACAAAAUACGCCUGAGAAAAUUGUACAGAAACCUAAACAGGCCCUAGCAAACCAGAGAAGCACAAUUCUCCCGCGCCUUCCUUUGCAUAGCAGCCUGCAGCAGCAGGCCGAGCCCGAACUCAUUGAUGCUGCAGCAGGCAGCUUCCAGCAUCUUCCCUGCAACAUCUGCAACCGCAUGUUUCGAAGUGAAAGACUGGAGAAUCACGUUCAGAUCUGUGCGAAGGUGAAUCUAAAGCACCGUCCAGUCUUCAACUCUUCUACCCAGAGGUCCAAAGGAUCACAGCUGGAGAAAUACCUAAAAACUCACGUUAGAAACAAAACUCCAGAGGUUUUGAAGAAAAAAAGAAACUGGAAGAACACAUAAUUUAUGAGGAUGGGCUCCUGGCUGGUGGAUCUUCAUCCAUGUUUUAGGUCAGCAGGUAGCGAGUUCCGAAGUUUGGCCCCCUUUACAGAAAGAGCAGACUGACCGAAAGAAGUCUUGCACCGCGGGACGAGACAAUCGCCGCAGGUGGAGGCUCGAGUGAUUGUUCUAUGAGAGCUCUGACGUCUGAUGGCCACAGUAGAGAACAGUUUAGACAAGUUAUCAUUUAGACAAUUGAAAAAGAAUCUUAGAGUGCUAAAAUUAAUAAAAUUUUCAAAAGUGAGAAGAUUAUGUUUCCUUAAAAUGCGACAAUGAUGCCAUUUCAAUGAUUUCUGGUCCAUAAUUUUUAUUGCUUGCUUGUAUAUUAAGACUAUAGGUUUUAGAGUGGUGGAUGAAGCCUGUGACCAUGAUGUAAUGCAAUAUGAUACGUGGGGAAAGAUCAGUGCAUGCAUGUACAGUUUAGUAGUUUGGUGUGACAGGUUCCUUCUGAUAAAACAGAAGCAGUUUAAAUUUGUAUUAACCUUAUUACAGACGUGCUUAACCUGACUGUCAAAUUUUAAGUGAUUGUCUAGGAUGAUCCCAAGGUACUUCACAUCACUCCUUACUUCAAUGAUUUCCUCUUUAAUCCUAACCUGAAAUAGUUCCUGGUCAGGCCUGUUUCUCAUGGAGAAGCAUAUGGACACAGUUUUUUUAACAUUAAGAGUUAGGUGGGAUGACUCUAGCCAUUCUGAGAUGUCUGAUAAAGCCUGCGUCAGGCGCUCUCCUGCCAGGCCAGGUGUUUUUGUGGACACAUAAAUGACGGUGUCAUCAGCAUGACAAAAUGACCCGCACUUGUAUAGCGCCUCUCAGAAUAAGGACUCCAAAGCGCUUUACACUAGUGUGUCAUUCAUCCAUUCACACACACUGGUGGGGAUGAGCUACGAUGUAGCCACAGCUGCCCUGGGGCGCUGACAGAGGCGAAGCUGCCGAGUACAGGCGCCACCGGUCCCUCCGACCACCACCAGCAGGCAAG